AUGAAAAGUAAUAAAAAGACCAGGAAUUAGACUUAAAAAUUAAUAUAGCCAAACAGAAAGAAGCAGUCCAAUGAUUGUGGAAAGAUUUUGAAAGAAGAUCAAUCUAGAGAAGUUCGUUGGUUAAUAGAUCUUAAUCAAAUAACUCAAUAGCAAGCAUUUAAGGUUACUACUUUGCUGACUCUAGAUCAGCUUAUUAUGAUAUUUGAGAAAUUAAAAUACAUUGACUAAGAUUUAUUUUCAAUCAAGCCAAUGAAGAUCUAAGAGAUAAACUUAGUAAUGAAUGUUUGGAAUAGUCUAAGAAAUGAAAGCUAAGACAGUAACCAAGAUAUAUACUAUGUUAACAGACCAUAUGGUUACAUUUCAAACACUGGAGAGUUUAAACUCAGAUUUAUAAAUGAAUUGGAUGAAAUUAAGAAGGCUUAUUAGCCUUUCAUUAGCUUUUAAAAACUUAAUCUAGGUUCAAUAAAGGAGAGAAGUCAAAAAGUAAAAUCUGACAAGAAACAGAUCUUUAGGAAGUAUUGGACUAUCAAAGACAAUGAUUCAGCUGAAGAAGCAAAACUAGCUUAAAUUGAAUGA